AUGGGGAAUAUAGUCGUGGGUGACCGUGAAAGCAUUGGGGAUGAUGGCGACGUCGAUGGAAUCUCGGACUUCGAGCACUGCUUUGCCGCGUCCUGCGAGGACUGUACGGAUAACCUUUUGCCACAGCCGCUGCCAGGAUACACCUCUUCAACAGGGCCGCCCGAAACGAGGCGGCGGGGAUCGAAGGAGAAUAUACACGAGCCCCUUAAAGGCCGGCUCAUGACGGUGCACAUGAUGAAGACGGAACUCUUGUUGAAGGAGGCAGUCGGGGUCGUAGAGCAAAACUUGCUGAGUAUCCCCUACGGGGCCAUUCGAGUGCUGACCUGGGAUCAUGCAGCUUCGAGCCUUAAAGUCGACUUCGAGGAAGCACCUCACAAGGUUGCCGAGGGAUUGACGAAGGACCGAGGGGAGGGGGACGGCCCAGCAGAUUUUAACCCCCCGUCGGACAACGUUUUCAUCUCGGUUCGCGUUGAAAACUCGAUUGACCUGGAAGAUGAGCUAAAGCAGCGGGCACGGUCAGAGGCGGCGCACGCGAGGAACGCCGGCCGGGAACCCCAAGCAGCGCCUACUUCCGUGUAUCUCGGCAUGUUCGCGGGGUUCACCAAGCCGAAACCUUUUCAGCGCAAGCGCCCAAACCUCUCCUUCACCGUACCGGAGGGUAAACUCCCCACGCUACAGGAAAUGCGCAGGUGGUCCUUCGAGGAGCACGAGGGGAUCAGCCGACCACAACUCUGUUCCCUGCGUCCGAAGCAUGCCAUGGACGCGGUUUUUCUCGGAGAAAAUCGCUUUUCGUUGUCGGCGUUGGAAGGCCUUACCCUAUCAUCGACCAGCAGGAUAGCCGACGCGCAAUACCGCUCGACGUUCGGAGACUUGGUGCUGAGCUUCGCCUCCGUCGAGGUGCAGCUGAGGACCGACUGCGGAAAAAACGCAACCUUCUCGUACGACGAGAUCGACGACUGGUCUCUCUCCGUCGUGCCAGGGAUGGGGCCGAGGCUGCCCAGCGGAAUCGUGCUCUGGGUAAUCCUGCCAAAGGAAGGAGAAGGGCAGGAGGACGACGAAGACCACGACGACGAUCACGGUCGUGGCGACGCCGGCACCUACCAGGCGAAAGUACGUAGAGAAAUCGAGACGGAGGCCCAGGUAGUGACCGUCUGGCGAGAGGAGAGCAACCCACGCCUUGGCCGGGGGGGGCGUCCUUGUCGCCGCGUGUUCCUCGGCAUUCCGGACGAAGACCUCGCCCUCGCCCGCAACAGCAUGGAGUACUUCUGGAACGCGAGGAGGGCGGAGCUUCGGCUGCCCCCUAAGGCCGGCUCGACGCACGGGCGGUGCGUGGCGUCGAUGGUCACCCUGCGCGGGGAGGUGCAAGCGCCGGCCGUCCCCACCGGCCGAGUCGAUCCGGUCGACCUCGACGGGGUGGAGGUGCGCGUCGGCCAGGUGGUCCAGCCGUCGGCGAAGCGCGGGCAGCUCAACCUCUUGCCUAGCCCGCGGGCGCUCCUGGGCGUGGAGAAGAAGCGUACGCUUAGGUACAACGGCGGCGCGCGGCCCCAGUGGGAGCGCGUCGUGGUGCACCAGGGGUGGCUGCGGAAGAGGGGCGGCGGGGCGAUCAAGCGCUGGAUCUGGCGCUACUUCGUCCUCUACGACACCCCGCAGGGGCACUUUCUCGCGUACUACAACGACGUGAGCGAGGUGCCGCUGUACGACGAGGCCCGGAGGGAGCGCCAGCUCGUGGACCUCUGCAAGGUGUGUUUCCUGCGCCCGGAGAUCGGCAGGCAAAAGCUUCCCGCGGUUGAGCUGCCCGCCAACGCGUUCACCGUCGUUACGACGCAGCGGCAGUGGACCCUGGCGGCCGAAUCCCGAACGGCCGUCCUGGAGUGGCUGCGCAUGAUCUCGGUGGCAGUGGACGAGGACGUGGCCGUGGUCGACGACGGCGAGAUCAUGUUCGAGGUCAAGGCUCACUGGGUCAGGCAAGGGGGCCAGUACGGCCCCGAGAACGCCGGCACGGUGCACCUGGGCAGCAUGGGCAUGGAGCUGAGGUUCGGCUUCUCGGAGGCGGCGGCGACGUCGCUGGCCGCGCUGGCCACGCACCCGAAGAAGAGGGGCUCCUCCAGCGCAAGCUACGCCGACAACGUCAGGUUCUGGAGCUUCACGGACUUCUACAAGUGGACGAUCGUGCUGCUUCAGGACGGCACCCGCGCCCUGGCUUUGCAGUGCUUUAUCGACGACCAGUUCAAGGAGAGAGAGGUUGGGGAGUGGGUCGACUUCUGCCAGAUCGUUGUCCUCGUCAUGGACGGUGACAUGUUGCUUGUUACGCCAAAUGCCAAGCGUCUGGCUUUGGCGAUCGAGCACCAGGUGGAGAAGUUCAUGUCGCUGAUGCACCUUCGCCUCGAGCGCCAAGACAACAUGACGGUCACGAGCACUUCUGGCGACACCACGAGUACCUGCACGGCGAUUGUUGCCCGAACAUCGUCGGAGGAGCUCAUCGAUGACGGAGGCGUGUUGUCGGACGGAGCACGAACCCCUACCAGCACCGCCGAAGGGUUGCACCGCAUUCCCUCGAUGAACCUGGCCACGGACCCCGAGGUUUGGGUGGGAGAUGCUACCCUUACCCCGACCGCUCCAGGUCGGCGAGCCUCUGACGGUGGCGGUGGCAUUAAUCCAUUCGACUCUUCCAGCGAUGAGGAACGCGAUGGAGAGGCGGCACAGGUGCGGAUAGGACACGCCGGAAGCGGGGAGCUUGACUCCAGCCUCGAGGCUCCCAGCACAAGUAGAUCGGCCUCGACGGUCUCGAAUGGGAACAAGAACCCGUUCGAUUUUCCGUUCUGCGACGAAGGUAAAGACUCGUUAGCCGUGACGUCGCGUGGUCCAAGAGGUUCCGUCGAGGAGAAGGGCAACGAACUUGUAGCGGCGGAGCUCCGGCCCUCUGACACGCGGUUCGCCACCGCGGCUGCAGCCGCUUCGGCCACCGACAUCUCGGGUUCCCAGUCCCCAGGACUAUGCGAGGACCUUUUCCCGGCACGUCCAAGCUCGGCAUCCCAUUCCUCCAGCAUAGAAAAGCUUUUCCCGGCAGGACAAAUUGUCCCAGCCACCGCCACCGCCGCCGGGAUCACCAACGCUGCUGCCCCGUUGCCCACUGGUGCGACGCCCACCACCACCACCACCACCACCACCACCACCACCACCCGAGGGGCCGCGUGGCCCACCGCCUUCGACGGUGCAACUCCUCCCAGCCUCGAUCAGUUGCUGCUCACCACCCCGCGAGGUCCACCGCGAAUACAAGAGUUGGGCCUGGCACGAGAUCAGUCCCCAUCAACUUGGAGUGACGCGUCGUCUGAAAGGCCUGCAGAUCCAACAGGCUUGUCCUCGACGCCCCAAACUCUCAGGUCGCCCAGGGUGGCCCCACCCCCAGCGGCGGCGCCGGCCGCAGCAAAGGGUACAGCAACUGUAGAUAAGUGUCUUCCGCCGACACCGUUGCUCGCGUUUGGCACCGAACGUUUAGCUUCUUCUCCGACCCCAACUCCACCCGUGACGCCGCUUCCGAUUCCCCCGUCCAAGAAUCCGAUGGACUCAUCCUUUCUGUUUCGAGGCUCGACGGGACCACCGUCGCCAAGCGCGGCGCAGGCGCCGGCGGACUUGUUGUCCGGCCUCUGGGACUCGACGGACGCGAUGCCUGCGCCAUCUCCCGCGGAGGAACAAGCCGACCUGUUCUUAUCUGCCUUUCGAGACAGAACCAAGAUACCGCCUUCGCCGCCGCCCACUCAAGAAGAGACGGACUUGAACUUGGCCUUUCGAGACAAUUCGGCGGAGCCCCCCCCGCCCUCCGGGUCGGAUACACCGACACCCGCCGACGACUCACAGCUGGAUUGGUUGCAGCAGCCAUCGGGUGUCUUGAACUCUCCGCCUGUGACCUUUUUGGGCGAGGCGGAUUCGAACCAGAGGCCGGAGGAGUUCAACCCCUUCGGGAGGCCGGGAAGCUCGCAGCUGUUGGAGUCUGCAGCGGAGGAGCCACCAUCUCCCGGAAAGGUGCUUUUCGACAACGGCUCUUCGAUGCGCGUGGUCUUGGAAGAAUGCGUAAAUCUCGGCAGAACCUGCUCCAUCGCGCUAAGGUACGAGCUUCAAGUCCCCCCCAGGACGAGGCUCUCCGUCACGUUUCCCAGGGAUGCCGAUAACGCCUCCUCGACUUCUUCGGCGCUAGAAAUUUCUUUCCGCCCGGGCAUGACCUCCGUCGAGCUUGACGGCGUAGGCAGCAAAGAGAGCGAGGGAUCACGAGAGCUGCGGCAAGAGCUCUCGGUGACGUGCUUUCGAGCGUUCUCCUCUCCCCCAGAGAUCGUGCUGACUACAAGCGAUCGGCCCUUCUCGGCGACCAGGGUGGCCCUUCCCGUGGUAACGGUAGCGGCGUUCUUGUCGGGCUUAGCGAUCGACCCGGACGAGUUCCGGCAGCGCUGGAGAAACGUCCCCCGCUCGGAGCAGACCGUAGUCGGCGGCGAGGAAUCGCAGCAACGACAACAGCAGCAGCCGCAGCAGAAACAACGUGUUUCAUCCUCCGAUGUCAGGCGAAUUCUGGUCGAGACUCUCGGUAUCAGAGAGGUCGCCCAGCAGCGACCAGCGGGGGCGGCGGCCCCAGGAGUGGAGCUGGUUGCUGCAGCCGGAGAGCUUCUUCUCACCGCCCGUUCUCCCUCCUCCGCCAAGAGUGCGACUGCGGCGGAGGCAGGGCAAGGGAUGGCAGCGGAAGCGCGAGAAAUAUGCCUCGUGGGAGUAGAGCUGCACCCUGCCACGGGAGCAACGAGAGUCACCACCAAGAGCGCGGAGGCGAUGCUCGCUCAGAGCGUUCAGAAGCUGGUUCUUGAAGGAAUCGCUCAAGUACGUGCCGGCAACGGCGCAGCAGCAGCGGCGGUGGUAGCGGAUUGA